GCGCCCGGUAUACAAGAGAUAAUACACAUUUCCUUGCUGUGUUCUCGUGCAAAAUUUGAUCGGGCGGAUGUUCCAUUUGCGGAGCGUCAAAUUCUUGGUGAUGCGACUGAAACUGGUCUUAUCCGUUUUGCCGGACAUCAAAUAGAUGACUAUGAUGAGUUGGUCAGCAAAUAUCCCAAGGUUUUCGAGAUUCCUUUCAACUCGGACACCAAGUGGGCGUUAUCCAUCCACCGAAAGAGUCACGCGAACGGUAGUUUAACCUUGUAUAUAAAGGGUGCGCCCGAACGAGUGCUUAAAAUCUGUUCAUCCAUCUUGUCGGAUAAAGAAGCGAUUCCAUUAACUGACGAUCAUAAGAAACGAUACGACGAGGUUUAUGAAUAUAUGGCUUCAAAGGGGCACCGCGUGUUGGCUUUUGCACAAUUCCUACUGCCCGAAGAUCAAUAUCCAGAGGAUUACGAAUUCAAUAAGGAAGAGAAGAACUAUCCUCUCGAAGGUCUGUGUUUUGUCGGCCUGGCGUCAUUGGAGGAUCCUCCAAAACACGGUGUUCGAGAAGCCAUCGGUCGCUGUCGUACGGCUGGCAUUCGUGUAAUCAUGGUGACCGGUGAUCAUCCGUUGACUGCCGAGGCCAUUGGACGCAAGAUAAACCUGAUGCUUUCCGAAACUAAGCCGAUGUUGGCCAUGCGUACUGGUCGUCCCAUUGAAACCAUCGGUGAGGAUGAGUAUAAUGCGAUCGUCAUUCACGGUGAACAGAUCGACAGUUUAAGCGACGAGGAAUGGGACAACAUCUUCUCCAAAAAUGAGAUCAUCUUUGCUCGCACUUCGCCCCGUCAUAAGCUCGAAAUUGUUAAACGCGCUCAAUCAAUGGGUCAUAUCGUUGGGGUGACCGGUGAUGGUGUUAAUGAUUCCCCCGCUUUGAAGAAAGCCGAUUUAGGGAUCUCAAUGAACAUAUCUGGCUCCGACGUGUCGAAGGAGGCAGCCGCCAUGAUUUUGAUGGACGACAACUUUGCCUCAACUGUGCAUGGAAUCGAAGAGGGGCGCCUCAUUUUUACAAAUCUCAAAAAGUCAAUCCAAUACACCAUUUCACAUUCGACUCCGGAAGUUAUGGUCUCCUUGCUCUAUGUCAUAGUGCCAAUCCCGUUACCGUCGACUAGAACUUCACCAUUCGAAUCAAACAAUUCCGACCAAAAUUUUCUAGCAAAAG